AUGGCUCGGUUACCACCGUUUCGUAUUGAACAGUGGAUGGAUGAGUACCAACCGACGGCCAAACACGAUCUCGGCGAGACAUGCUCCGCCAGCUUAUCCAUCGACGGGCUCCUCGCCCUGUCGGAGAACAAGGACGCCACGGCGAGCGACAUUCUGAACUCCGCGGCCAUUCAGGACUACGGCGAAAUUCGUGGCACGACCGCUUUAAGGAACAACCUGAGUCGACUCUAUUCCACCAAAGUCGGCACGCCACUCGCCCCCGACAACAUCCUUAUCACUCCGGGAGCCAUCGCCGCCAAUCACCUCGUCUUCUACGCUCUGAUCAAAGACGGCGACCAUGUCAUUUGCCAUUGGCCCACCUAUCAACAGCUCGUCACCGUCCCGGAGUCUCUGGGUGCUGUCGUGGAUAAGUGGCACUCCAAACCGCACGACAACUGGCUGCCCGAUUUUGAAGAGCUAAAAGCCAUGGUGAAGGACAACACCAAAUUGAUUGUAUUGAACAAUCCACAAAAUCCGACUGGCGCCGUCUUGCCCAAAUCGCUUCUCGUCAAAAUCAUUGAUUUCGCCGAGAGCAAAGGCAUCAUACUUCUGUCGGAUGAAGUAUAUCGUCCCCUUUUCCAUGGCAUCAGUCCUAUGGACAAGGACUUUCCCCCGUCCAUUCUGUCCAUGGGCUACAACAACACCAUCGCGACUGGCAGUCUUUCCAAAGCCUACGCUCUCGCCGGCAUCCGAACCGGCUGGAUUGCAAGUCGCAACAAGGACGUGAUCGAGAAGUGUCAGCUGACCAGAGAUUACACCACCAUCUCCGUCUCCAAGCUCGACCAAGCCGUUGCUUCUUUUGCUCUCUCCCCGGACACCAUCCAUGCCUUGCUCUCACGCAACAUCCAACUCGCGAAAACGAAUUUGGAACUCCUAGACCGCUUCAUCGUCAAGCACGACGAGUUUUGCUCGUACGUCAAACCCGUGGCCGGCACCACCGCCUUUGUCAAGUUCGAGCGCGAUGGGAAACCGAUCGAUGCCGUAGCUCUCUGUAAGGCUGUGCACGAAAAGGCGGGCGUCCUGCUUCUCCCUGGUGACCUUGGAUUUGGCGACGAGUUCAAGGGGUACGUGCGCUUCGGCUAUGUCAAUCAGACGGCGAUCGUCAAGGACGGCUUAGAAGAGUUGAGGAAGUUCAUGAGGAAGGAGUUCGACGAUCUGCCCGUAUGCGAGUAG